AUGACCAGACAGAUUUCGCAUAAUUUUCAUUUAAACAGCAGUUUGCUGAAUCAGCAGAACUACGGAAGGCUAGGAUUAAUCAUCUGGACGAGCAGUUACAAAAUCCAAAAAGCUCGAGCACCGACCGCUCCGCUUCCGCAGUUACUCAUUCCGACAUCUGCGGUUUCGCAAUCCGACAACUCGCUGAGUUCACUCAGGCAUUCAAGGAGACAGCAUAGUCAGACACUGAACCACAACAACGGUUCAACGGCAGAAAGGCGGCAAUAUGACAGUUCAAUAGCACGAGCGACAACACCGUUUGGUAUCCUUUAA